CAAAACACCUCACCUGUAUCACCACAAUGAUCUCCACCACCUACAACGAAUCCGCCAUCAUCGCUCUCAUCACCGAAUACUACACCCUCCUCCUCCGCCUCUCCUACUUGCAUCCCUCUGAAAUGGACUUUGCACCUCCCACNGGCAGACCCAUUGAAGAAAAUCUUCGUAAAGAGUUACAUCUUUCUCCAGCGGUAACAUCACUAAUUCGCCAUUUGCCCUGCCCCAUCUCCCUAAACAUGGCUCUCGAACACGAAUUCAUGCCUUGCUCCUUUGCAAACUGUUUCGUGUCCUCUGAGGAUAUAGAAUUGGGUCGUGAUCCAGAAAUGUUGGAGCGCAGGNNGUGCUUUUUGGGAGGUGAGGAAAUUGCAUUGACACUGAUGGGAGAUGAAGGGUGUUAUUUGGUGUUGGAUGCAGAGAAGAGUUACGAGAAGAUGAAGAAAAUACUAGUGCAGGAGUACAAGUGGCCCGAUGAGUUCGAGGAGGAAGAGUGGAGGAGGGAUUGCGAG